AUGUUUUCUCACAGAGAGAAAGUAAACCCAGAACCUUGCCAAACCUGUCUUAAUGUGCCAGAGAUCAGGAAGCCUGAACCAAGCCAUGGUGGAGCUCCCUGGGAAAGAGUCUGUCCAGUCCAUCGGUGCCCUAUCACUGCAUCUCCCAGCUUGGUGAGAGGUCGUCUGCCUUCUUCCAACCACAUGCUUGGACCAAUGUCUGUUCAGUCCAAUGGUCAGGUGCCAUCCAGCUCCCAGGACUCACAUCAACAUCACCUAUAUUACCAUUGCAACCAGCAAGAACCUAGAGACAGCUAUGCCUUGCCCCCACUGCCAGGGCAUGGAGAGAGGGCCACUUUGUGCUCCCACCAUUCCAGUGGGGAUUCUUUACCAGCUGCCCACCACGAGACCUCUGAAAGUCAAUGGAAACAGUGGUCACAUGACCAGCAGCAGUCACGACCAGUGCAGCGCCACAUUGUAACAGUCAGACAUGACAAAGCUUUCAGGAUGCCAAAAAGUUAUUCUCAAGUGAUUGCUGAGUGGCCGGUAGCUGUCCUUGUGCUCUGUUCGGUGACAGUUCUGGUUUGUACUUUAGCUGGCCUGCUAGUUGGAAAUCUGCCAGAUUUUUCAGAACCGUUGAUGGGAUUUGAGCCUCGAGAUACUGACAUUGGCAGAAAACUAAUUGUCUGGAAGAAUGUACAAACCCAUACAGGCCAUCAGAAGACCCUUUCGCUUUCUCCCUACACUGAAAAGAACAGCUAUGGUGACGUUGGUAUUAACAGAGGGCAGAGGUUUAUCCAUGGCGAACAAGAAGCAAGAACACGACGGAUGGUAGAACAAGACUAUGGAAAGGACAGUUUCUUUUGUGGCCCCCCAGGAAAGAGUUAUUCUCAGCUGGUGUUUAUGUCCACAACUGCUGGGAGCUUGUGGAACUUGCAAGCGAUUCAGUCCAUGUGUCAAAUUGAACAGGACAAGAUCCGCUCACAUGCUCAUUUUGGGAAUCUCUGCCAACGUACUGAAGGCAAUGAAUGCUGCCCAAGCUGGUCUCUGGGUAACUAUAUUGCUGUCCUUCACAACAGAUCUUCUUGUCUGGAGAUAACUCAAGCAGAUGUCUCCCACACCCUGGCACUCCUCCGUUCCUGUGCCCCAGACUACCACAAAGGCAUCCUUAUUCCUUCUUGCAUAGGUCCCAGGACUGGAAGAGAGAAACACUCUCAGUGUGCCAAAGUACCAGAAAAAUGUACCCGGUUCAAUGGUAUUUACCAGCUUCUUCACUUCUUGGUUGACAGAGACUUUCUCAGUCUUCAGACAAUGGAAUAUCAAGUGCCAUCACUGAAAUACAGCCUGCUGUUUUUGCCUACAAAGAAAGGAGCAUCUAUGAUGGAAAUCUACCUGGACAACCUUGAGUCAUGGGACCUGUUUGAUAAUUACACAUUAAUCACUGGAAUGGACCUGGGUCUUAAACAGAAACUAUUCCAGCACUAUCUUUUACUGGAUACAAUGUAUCCAGUCCUGGCAAUAUUAGCCAUUUUUCUAAGUAUGACUUUUUAUUUACGCUCAAUCUUUAUUACUUCUAUGGUUCUUAUGAUUGUUGUCAGUUCUUUGAUGAUCUCCUUCUUCUUGUAUAAGGUGGCCUUCAGAUUCACCUAUUUCCCUUUUGUAAACCUGACAGCAGUUGUCAUUCUCAGUAGCAUUUGCGCCAAUCACACCUUUGUGUUUUUUGAUCUCUGGAGCCUCAGCAAGAGCCAGAAUCCUUCUGCAGGCCUCCUGCAGUGGAUGAGCCAAACCAUGCACCACUUUGGGUAUCUCAUGCUGGCGUCUUCCUUUACAACAGGUGCUGCUUUCUAUGCCAGCUAUAUGAGCAAUAUAAUUGCCAUCUGCUGUUUUGCCAUCUACAUGGGCACCUGUGUAUUGGUGAAUUUAGUAUUCAUGGUAACUUGGCUUCCAUCUUCUGUUGUGUUGUAUGAACGCUACAUAGCAACAAACUGCAUUUAUAAACCGGAAGACUACUGGAACUAUAGUGGGCAUAAAAGAGUUAUUUUCUCUCUCCAUCAUAUACUCAGGGGUCUCCAGAAUACCUUGUGUGAAACCUCCAAGCUUUUAUUUGAGAAGAUUCUUCCAUGUGGUGUUAUAAAGUUUCGUUACAUUUGGAUCUGCUGGUUUACAGCCUUGGCAAUAGGGGGUGCCUACAUUUCCUGUUUUAAUCCUAAACUAAAACUCCCCAGUUUAGAGAUGCCAUCUGUCCAGAUGUUUAGGUUAAGCCAUCCCUUUGAAAGAUAUGAUGCAGAAUACUGUCACCAGUUCAUGUUUGAGAGGCUGGAGCAUGGAGAAGGACAACGCAUGCCCAUCACUAUAGUCUGGGGCAUACUGCCUGUGGACAAUGGGGAUCAUUUCAAUCCUAAGAGCAAUGGCACGCUGGUGAAAGAUACCACAUUUACGAUCCAAAAUCCUGAAGCUCAAAACUGGCUCUUGGAAUUCUGCCAAAAAGUGAAAAAUCAAACUUUCUACUAUUCUGAUUUGGAGCAGAAAUCUACAGUUUGUUUCAUGGAAGAGUUUCACACGUGGAUGGACAGUCGCCAGUGCUCCCAGCAAGAUCACAGCUUCAAUCUCUGCUGUAACCACUUCCCCUUCCCCUAUGGAAGUGAAGUCUUCCUGCACUGCAUCAAAAUGAUGAUCAUGGAACAAAGCAGAGAUGGGGCUGAAACCUAUGACUUGGGUCUUAGAUUUGAUGGAGAGGGAAACCUAGUUGCCUUGGUGCUACAGUUUCAAACUAUUUAUCACUACAGCUUCAACUACAGCAAAGCCAAACAAUUCUACAAUGAAAUUGGCCACUGGAUAACAGAGGAAAUGAAGACUGCCCCCAUGGGGCUUCAGAAUGGAUGGUACACCAGUAAACUAGAGCUAUAUAAUCUCCAGCACAGUCUUAGCACAGAGACAAUGGUGGUCAUAGGGCUAUCCAUAACCAUCUCUUUUGUGGUGCUGCUGCUCACCACCUGGAAUGUCAUUCUUAGCAUAUUCUCUGUUACAGCUAUCACAGGCACUGUCCUGGUAACUGUUGGACUUUUGGUGCUGUUGGAAUGGCAGCUCAAUGCAGUGGAGUCUCUCUUCAUUUCAGCAGCAGUAGGCCUCUCCACUGACUUUACAGUGAACUACUGUAUUUCCUACCACUUGUGCCCACAUUCUGAUCGCCUGAGCCGAGUGGCCUUCUCUCUGAAGCAGAUGAGCUGUGCCACUGCUAUGGUGGCAUCUGCUCUGUUUUCUGCAGGUAUCAUCAUGCUGCCUGCCACAGUGCUGGCAUACCGGAAGCUGGGGAUAUUCAUAAUGAUGAUCAAAUGUAUCAGCUGUGGAUUUGCCAGCUUCUUUUUUCAGUCUCUAUGCUGCUUCUUUGGCCCAGAGAAGAACUGUGGUCAGAUCCUUUGGCCUUGCACCUAUGUCUUGAAGGACUAUUCUGAUGACUCCAGGCCAAAUGGAAGCUUUAACUGUGGGGGAGAAGAGAAGCAGAACAGAUUACGGAAGGUGCAAGAGUCUAACACUGCAAAUGAACAGUAUGAGCUCCAGCCCUUGGCCAGAAAACUUAGUGACAGUUUUGACAACAGCACUUCCACAAGCAAAUUGUCUAAUCGUCCUUCUGUCCUAUCUGAAGACAUACAGCUCCAAGACAGCAGGUGUCCCAGAAUAGGAAUCCAUCCUUCUCUUGAAACAGACAGACAGAAUCUGCAGGAGACUCUAAUGGACCACCAUGUAGAUCUUUGUCAGUGUCCCGCCUUGCAAACAUCUUCUCCUUACAAACAUAGUAGCACAGGAGCAGAAGCAGAAAUUCAUAGAGAGAGACUCUGCAGAGAUUGUAGAUGUCAGAAAUAUGGUCCAAAAGCCUGGGAUGGAUACAUGCUGGACUAUCUUUAUUCAGCCAGCAUGAAAGAUGAAGGACAGUUAAAUAAAUCUCAGUGUUCUAGAGACACUGCUCAACAACAGUCAGAUUAUACCUCAGAAAAUAGUAAUCUCCCUGAAGCUGAAAUUUACAAAUUUCACAGAGGCCUUUGUUCUCAUAGCAGUUCUUUCAAUGUGCUCAAUGUCUCCAGUGAGAUCUCUCUCAGUGAUUUUGAGCAGAGCAUAAAACUUGCUGAGUCAGCCAGUUCUUGUCCCAAUGUCUUAGAUGUGUCUGAUUCCUGCUGUGCAGCUGAGAGAGGUCACCUGAAUGGGAAGAGAGACACCCUGAGGUUGGACCUGAGAGAGACUGUCUUUGACGUAUCUCUACCAGCAUCCCAGCAAAACAGCUCUUCUUGGAAAAACCGACUGGGAUUAGGGAGUGAAGGUCCAGUUGUUUUACCAAACAGCCAACCAGACAUGCCUGAUGUUUGGAUCAAACGAUCCAGUGCACAAAAUUCUGGUUACAGCAGCUGA